UUGGGGAGCUGUGACCCCCCCCGGGCUGCCUGCGGGAGAUGCACCCCCCACCAGCAGCUUUUGCAGGUGUUUUGGGCACAGUGGGGCAUGGUGCAAGUGGGAGGGUAAGCACAUUUUAGCUGCAAGGCUCCUGGGUAGAGCUGGUACUUAAUGCUCUCCUGCACAAAUUUGGUAUUGGCAACCUCAGAUAUUUACCCCAGCCAGUCUAGGGGUUCAUACCAAACCCCAGCUCCUGGCUGAGCUGGACAGGCGAGACCAUCAGUGUUGCCUGCAUCACUGAACCAACAUCGUGGCAUCCUUGGCACAGCAGACCCCUGUACCCCAGUCUCCCCAUGGGCAUCCCCCAGGCCAGACACCCUGUGCAAAUCUGCUGGAACAACUAAGCCAAAUGAAAAGCUAAUGAAGAGAGAACAGUGUAGGGUAGGUGAGCCCCCUCAAGGUGCCUGCUUGAGCCUGGGGCUGGCAGGAGGAGAUAAGUGCAUUGUUAGGAACCAGCAGGUUAAUAAGUGACCCCGGCACACACUAAUGAAGUUUUCCUUCUGCCCUCAGAUAAAAACCCCACAAGGACAAGGGCAGAAAGGUUUUAAAUUAGGUUUUUAAAUUGCAUGAUGCCCUUGAUGGGUCUGACCUGCUGACGGAGGGGUCUGGAUCAGACUCAGGAGGUGUCGACUGAGGAGUUUUGAUGGAUGGGCACUGAGCGGUUCCUCACACCAGCAGGAAGAGAUUGUGAUGGUCAGAAAUAACCUAAAGAUCACACAAUUACUCGGCAAACCCCUCCCUGUGUCCAGUCCUUGUCCCUUGCUCAGAGAGGGGACACUGCAGGAUCGGUCCCAGCUCGCUGCACGUGUGAUGUGAACAGAGAGAAAUAGGCUCGGGCCGUGGAGCGAGCUGCAGAGGUGGAUGUUCUUUUCUCCAGCUCUUUUUCCAGCCAGGAUCAGAGAACCAUUACGCGCUUUGGGAGAGCAGUGGCUCUAAAAACAGCAUCUUUUGAAUAGAGAGAAGGGCAAGAUCCAAGCGCAAUGGCUAUAGCGUGUGGCGGGGAGGGCCACGUGGCAGCUCCCUGCCUGAGCCCAAGGUCGCUUUGGCCUCAAAUUCUCCCCCUGGGCUGCAGCAAGCAGCGUUCCCACCCGUGACCUGGCAGCCGUGGGGAGGGGGAGGCUCCCACACAGGCCAGGGGGGUGGGCAGCACCGAGCUGGCCUGGGCUUGGCAUCCUUUGGCGAUUUCUGAUGGAGGAGCAGUUCCUGACUGGAUCACGUGCCCUGUGUCUGGAAAUAAGCCCAUUAUGCUUUCAGUGUAGAUAUCACUUCAUUUGUUUCAGCGCUCCUGGGUGGGGUGGUGGAAAGUCUCAGAUUUUUAACCUUUAGGCAUUUUCCACAGCUGACCAAGCUCUUCCGAGACAGAAAACCCACACCCGCGUUUAUUUAGGCUGCCUGCUCUGCAGACUACACAGCCCUUUUUUUGUCUCACCCGUUAAAAAUCUCACUCCUGCAGCCCUUUCUUUUGGUGGCACCAGGGGCUCUGUCACCAGUCUCGCCUCAUGCCAGUGGCACUGCCCAAAGCGAUGCUGCGGGGCUGGGACCACACCGUCCCACCCCAUCCACAAGCUGCCAGGGAUGGAUGGGAGUGAUGCAGUGUGUCUGCAGGAGGCAUCUGCUUUCUCUACACCCAGCAGCCCAAAAAAAGGCACAGAACUCCCAGUGUGAGGGGGACUGACUCCACUAGUGUCACCGUUGUCACCAACAUCCAGCUGGCAAAGGUCCCCUGCCCAGGGUGGUGGGGUGCUGGUGUGGAAAGUGCAACAUCUGUGCAAAAAUAAAGGAACUUUGUGCUUGUAGUAGGAAAAGGACAGGGAUGUUGCAAAGCAAGAUCCCCAGGGAAAUAAAUAUCUGCAGGGCCCUUACCCACUCAGGGCAUCGCUGGGACCACUGGUGUCACACCAUCUGGAGCAUCGCUGGGACCACUGGUGUCACACCAUCUGGAGCAUCACUGGCUGCCCUGCUGCUGAGCUGGGGGAAAGGCUCCCCACCCAUCUGUGACCUCCCAGCAAAUAGCUUGAGAGUUUUAUCUGCUCAGUUACUCAUUAUCCUAAUUAGUUUAUUAGCUGCUUUCCACUGGAGAGGAAGGCACUCACUCCUCACUAAUUAGCUGCACAGGUGAAGCAUCUCCACAGUAAACGAGGUUGAUGCGCUCCCUCACUGCCGCUCCCUCACUGCCACCCCGUCCCUAUUCUUUCUGGGGAGAUAAGGGAACAUCCAGGGAAAACACCCAUAAACGGGAGGGUGCUGGGACAGAGGUGCAGCACUUGACAUCUUUAUGGCAUUCAUCUUCCCAAUCAACCCCAUUUUGCACUGUGUCCUGAACUUGCUGGGUUUUUUCUGGGAGACAGAAGGCUAAAUCACUUGCACACUUUGAGAAACUUAGGAGUUAAGGCUACUACUUUAAAAGAUACUCUGCCAGGUACCUCUGAGGAUCUGGCUUUGAUAUACCCCAGCACAACAGUCUCCAGGGAGGAUUCCCUGCAGUGUCUGCUUUGCAAUAACAUGAGGAAGGACUAGUCCAGUGUUGGCCCCUCCUGGGUAAAUUCAAAGCGUGUUGGCUUUUGUUUGCCUGGGGCCCAUGGAAUUAUUUAUUGACUGAUUUAUUUCUCAGCCAGGAGAAGGGAACCUCCUUCCUAGGCUGAAAAAGAGGCAGAUCACAGCCAAGAUCCUGGGUACCACAGCCGGCAGGUUUUCCCCUGGGAUGCAGGAUGGGAUUAGAGGCAGCAGCGUGGUGGGGACCAGCAGACGCUGGCCAGGGGGUGCAUGAUGUCCCUGCCCGGGGUGCUCAGCUCUCCCUAAGGGACAGGGUAUGAUUCGGCCCCCUUCCCAUCUCCAUCACCAUGUGGCUUCAGCAGCUGCCAGCUCUGCUCGGGCUGCGCUGUGUCAGGGAUGCUCACAAAGCGUUUUGGGUUGGAUAACCUGCACACGCUCAGGAGGAGAAAACCGUACCAGAGGACUGAAAAAGAAAAUAACCUGUUUUAUGCAGGGACUUUGUUUUGCUCAGGAAAAGAGCCGUGUUUAUCUUUCCAGUGCAGCUCCAGGGUUAGUGGGGAGCCUGUGACAGGGGCUCUAUCGGUAGUAAAAAAGCUGCUUUUUCCUACACAAAAUAAAUACAGAAGCUUCCUUUUCCCUAGAUAAGGGACCAGUGAUGGCGUGUUUUCUGGGCAGUGGGACCCCAGUUCUGGCAGCCCUCGCUCCUCCCGGUGCAAUGAGCUCCAGCAACAGCUGCUCCCCAGGAUCCAGCCCCUCUCCUCCUCCAUUCCCCCCAGCCGGGCUGGGACCUGCAUCGCCCUGCCCGUCCUUCAUCUCUUUGGCCCAUUUCCAUGCUGUGGGUUGGGGAUGGGGCUCCUGGAGGGAGCCUGCAGACACAUUUUGGGGUGGCCUUUGACAUCCCCAGCGGCUUGGGCUGCGCUCCUGCCCGGACGGGCUUGUUGCACCCCCCUGGAUUUCACAUCUGCAGGACGCAGGCGUCCCAUGCCGUGCUGCUGGCCGUGAUGGGGACGUGAGCAGGGCCAAUUGCCUUUUUAAGAAGGAUGCAGGGCACUGGACCGCUUGGCCGUGCCUUGCCCUAAUCCCAAGGCAUGUAAACAGCAGGGGCUAUUUUUCUCCUUCUCUCCCUGCCAUCUCCAUCCCUAUCUCUUUCAUUUUCCCAGCAAAGGAGCGCUUGAUUUAAAACAAACAAACACAAAAAUGUAUUUCAGAACCGACAGCCCAUUCCUCACCAAAUAAGGCAGAUGACAUUUUUUUUUGGGGUCUGAACUUGCGAGUGUCCCUUUAAGCAGCCCUGGGCACUAGGCUCUCCGCUCUGCUGUCCCCAAAUCCUGCCGGUUGUCCCCAAAUCUCGCUGGCCGAAGCUGUGAGCGGGGCUCUGGCUCCGUGUUGCACCGAUGCAGCUGCAGCGCUCCUACCACAAGAAUAUCCUUUAGUUAUUUUUCCUUUUCUUCAUUGUCCCUGAAUGCCAGCGACCUUCUCCCAGGAGGCUGCCCGCCCAAGGUACGAGCAUUGCCCAUCAGACCCGCAACUUCUUAUUUUCUCCUGCAGAGCUCAAGCCAUGCUUGUAGUAGAAGGGGUUGGGGAUACCACGCAAGGGGCUGCUUUGCAGCUCGGCCAGGCCUGUUCUUUCACUCCAGCUCCCAUUAGUCUUGCAGAAGGCUUUGCUUGAAUUGAUGCGUGGGAAAAGUUAAUUACAGCUUGCUCCUGCAGCAGGCAGACAGGCGGGCAGGCAGGCUCCACUGCAGCUCACAGCUCUCAUGCUUGGCUGAUGCUUGUGGGGUACCAGGGGUGCUCCCUGCAGCUCCUGCUUGCUGCCGGCCACUGAGUGCUGAAGGCCUGAAAGCAGCAUCCAGGUCCUUUUUUUUUUUGGCAAGAAUUGAGAUAAAUUUCUUUUUAGCACAGAUUUUGUCUCCACCUCCCCAGCCCCGGCCAGGGUGCGUGGGGGAUGCUGCAGACUCUGAACCCGGCCUUGCUGCCCCCUGGCAUCAACGCUCAAGCGCGGAAGCUGCAGCGGCACCGGGCGCGGGGGGCCCGGCGGCCGCCGGCGGGGGCUGAACGGCGCGGGCCCCCCCCGGCCCUGCGGCGCAGCCUCAGCGAGACCAGCCUGGGCUGCCCGGUUCGGCGGACCGGGACCGGGACCGGGACCGGGACAGCAGAGCGGGUCCCCCGGCACUGCUCCACCCUGCCCGGGAGCCCGGCGGCGGCGCGGAGCGGCGGCAGCAGCAUGCGGUACUCCCUCUACCAGUCCCCGCACCUCCUGCUCCUGCAGGGCUACAGCCAGCAGCAUGACAGCUUGGUUUACCUGCUGAACCGCGAGCAGCACACGGUGGGCCAGCGAACGCAGGCGAGCAAACCCAGCAUCAGCUUGUCGGCCCCCGACAUCUUGCCCCUGCACUGCACCAUCAGGAAGCUCCGACCUUCCCGACAUCGCUUGGAGGAGAAACUGGUGCUGGAGCCCAUUGCCGGUGCCAGCAUCUCUGUCAACUUCGCCGAGGUGACCCGGACAGUCGUGCUGCAGCACGGGGACCUCCUCUCCCUCGGUCUCUACUACCUGCUCCUCUACAAGGACCCCAUGAAGGCGCAGCCGCUGCCGGCGCAGACCCUGCUGAGGCUGCGUGCCCUGCACCCUGCUGCCCCCGAGGGUCCCCCCGUCUGCGGGUCGUGUGGAAGCCUGAUGAAGGAGAGGGACUCUACCACCAAAAAGCGGGACCCCUCGCCCGCCGGUGGCCCCAGGGCUCUCCGCAGAAAGCUGCAGCUGGAGUUCGAGCCGGCGGCUGAGGACGUGCUCCUGCGGCGGAUCAUGACCCUGAUCGAGCCGGGGGGGGACGACCACAAGCUGACACCUGCCUUCUUGCUCUGCCUCUGCAUCCAGCACUCGGCCACCAGCUUCGAGCCGGGUGACUUUGGGCAGCUGCUGCUCAAAGUGGCCAAAAUGAUCCAGAGGACAGUGUGGGAGCGGACGCGGGAGCUGGCUGAGAAGCAGUCCCAGCACCAGGACCCUGCCACCUUGUCCCGCUUCACCAUCGCAGACCUUCUCCCAGACCUGCAGCACAUCCUCUUCUGGAUGGCCAAUGCCAUCGAGGUCCUGUACUUCAUCCAGCAGAAAUCGCCCACCUACAUCCAGAGCAUGGAGGAGCAGCUGGAUGUCAAAGGCUCCAAGGAAUCUCUGUUCUCCUCGACCAUCACCGCCAGCGAGGAGGCGAUGACGGUGCUGGAGGAGGUGAUCAUGUACACCUUCCAGCAGUGUGUCUACUACAUCUCCAAGUGUCUGUACGUGUCACUCCCGGCGCUGCUGGAGUGCAACCCCUUCCAGAGCGAGUGCCGGGACAGCUGGCGGGCGUCCCCGCUGCCCGAGGAGCUCCGCAGGGUCGUGCUUAUCUACCAGGCAGUGCUGGACCUGCUCCGCCAGUAUGAAGUGCACCCCGAGAUCACCUCCCAGAUGUUCGCCUACCUCUUCUUCUUCUCUAACACGCUGCUCUUCAACCAGCUCCUGGACAAAGGCUCCUCCCUCAGCUGCUUCCACUGGUCGCAGGGGGUGAAGCUCCGGGCCAGCGUGCGGCUGCUCCUGGACUGGCUGCGCGGCGCCGGCUUCGAGCAGCUCGCUCAGCAGUUCUUCGCCAAACUGGCCAGCGUGGCCAACCUGCUGGCCAUGCCCGGCUCCCAGCUGGUCCAGAUGACCUGGCCGGCCCUGCGAGCCGAGUUCCCGGCGCUGAGCCCCGCGCAGCUCCACCGGGUGCUGAGCCAGUGCCAGGCGGUGAUGGACGUGGGCUGUAUCACAGCGUGGCAGCCUGGCGAGGAGGAGAACCCGGCUGCCUUCCAACCCGAUGAGGUGCUGGAGUCCUUUGACAACCACCCACCCAUCAUCCUGCCCAGCGGGGGCUUCAAAGUGGACCUGGAGGUGGAGACGUUGGAUGACAACAUCUACCGGCACCUCCUCUACAUCCGCCACUUCCUCUGGAGCCUGCAGAGCAAGAGCCCCCACACCGGCGUGGGGCCAGGCUCAGCACCCCCAAAGAAAGAGGUAUGUGCAACGCCUGAAGUCCUGGAGGUGAGCGAGAGUCUACCUGCUGCCCUGGGGAUCAUCCCGCAGGAGGACCACGGCUCCCUGGGAGGCUGCGCCGAGCCGGAGGCAGAAUGGGCCCCCCCGCUUCGCCUGGCCACCAACGGCUGCCCCUGCGAGCACCCCACCGGCGAGCCGCAGCUCCAGGAGAAGCUCCAGCAGCUGCAGCUGGGCAGGGAUCUGGCCCCCAAGGCCGGCACAGCACCCACAGACCCCUCCUGCCUGCUGACGCCACCCACCACCCCCCUGAACUUCGACUGCGGGAGCCCAGAGUCCCCACAGGGCACCGGGAAGGGGCUGCAGGAGCCCCGGAGGAACGGGAUGAAUGGCACCAAAGGCAGCACACCCGAAGGAUGCUCACCGACCCCCUACGACUACCCCACGCCAGAGUCUUCCAGCCGCAGCUCUGCCACCGAUGACUUCUGCUACGUCUUCGUGGUGGAGCUGGAGAGAGGACCAAUCGGGCUGGGGAUGGGGCUGAUCGACGGCUUGCACACUCCUCUCUGCUCCCCGGGGAUCUACAUCCGCACCCUGAUCGAGGACGGCCCCGCGGCCACUGACGGCAGGCUCUCCAUCGGGGACCGCAUCCUGGCUGUCAACGGCACCAGCCUCAUCGGGGCUGACUACCAAAGCGCGGUGGAUCUCAUCCGCUCCGGAGGAAAGAAGCUGCGGUUUCUGGUUGCCAAGUCGGACAUGGAAAUAGGCAAAAAAAUCACUUCCAGCUCCUCUUCCUCAUAGUCCUUGUGGUAUGAGGGUCCUUCUGCAGCAGCUUGAAGGUGCAGCUCUGGUUAAAGCUGACCUCAGGGAGCCUGGAGUGCAAGACAUAGGCACCAGGACUGCACAACUGCCCUCGAUUUGCUUUUUGGCGCCUUGCCCCGGUGCUGCAGAGGAUGAAAGGACACAAAGGGUGGUGCACGCUUCUCCCACUGCACUGGCUGAGAGCAUCACUCCUGAUCAGUCGCCUGGCCUCAUCUUAUACAGUGUCAUCCUUCUCAGGAGCUUUGCUGUUCCUUGGUCCCCUCUGGCAGGGGGCAGACAGGGGGUGCUCCCCACAUGGGGGCUGUGGGCAGGCUCCUCCGUUCCUCUGAGCCAUGCGUGGUCUCCCAUGCCAGCACAGAAAAGGCUUGAAACACCUUUUGGAUUUAAAGAUCAGCAUGUGGGACAGGCCCGAGCUUUGCUGUGGCAGCAGCCACCUGAGGUGCUGGCACAUCAGCCUGGAGAAGGGUGCUCAGCUCUGGGAGUGGUAAAAGCAGCACAAGUACCCAGGAGCAGAAUGUAAAGCAGGAGAGCUCACUAGGAGUUAAGUUCCCUGUUAUCAUGUCCAAAAUCAAGUGCUUUUCUGCUGCUGGGUUACAAUCACGCUUUCCCCAGACCUGCUUGGGGAUGUGAAGCAGCUGCAGCAAAGGGCUGACACCACCAGCAGUUCCCCGAGUCCUGGGGGGAGCCCCUUGAAGAAAAGGACUGUCUCACCCUUGUUCAUGCAGAUUUAUUGCCUGGCUCUGGCACCAUGAUCCUGGCAGAAGGUCCUUGGGGCUGACCCAGCAGCACGGGGCAUUCACAAGUGGAGAAUUUCCCCAGCCAGGAGCUGUUGCCAUCUCUAAGGGGCUAUGGCCGGGCUAGUGCUUCUGCCCCUGGUCCCUGCGAGCUGGGAAUGGUGGGUUUGUGCCACCUGGGACCUGAACAAGCUGACACUGAUUCAGACAGACAAGAUCUUGGCAUGGUGUCCUGGUCCUCUCCCUCCCGCUUUGCCAGGCCGUUGUGUGGCCGCCCUGUGUUCUGCCCAGCUCAAAGCAUCUCAGAAGUUUGUGCUGCUGACGUGCUGACGGGUGAUGACGAGCAGCAGAAGGCUCCCUGUGGAAGGUCAGUCCUGAAUGUCCCAGAAACAGCUCUGCUAUCUGCUGCCAAUAGCAAUGGUGUCACCAGAGCUGAGGUGGCAGCUCCACCGUGCGGCUGGCCUGACCCUGCACACCUGGCCUCCCGCCUGCCACGUCCUCGCUGUGCUUUUAGCAACGUUAAUGGGAUAAACCCGACCUGAUUUCCACAUAUAGACAGAUACUGAGACCUAGUUCAGCUGAACCCUAUGAAGACAGCCUGCUGCAAAGCCCUACAUCACACCCUGCGCUUAAACCAGCACGGACCGGGCUCGAGCAGCAGAUCAGAUGUUCACAUGGCACCUCCCAACAACAGUGCUCCGAGGAUUGUGAUGCUAAAAAAAGGGAUGCUUAACAAGGUUGGCCUUAAUUAAACCUCAGCUACUUCAUCGCUGUAGUUUUGGUUUCUGUGCUUAGUCUUGCACUUUGCAGAAGGAGAGAGAUGCUGAAAUAACCCAUGCAGGGAAAACACUCCACUGGUGGAUUUCAAUGCAGCCUGGCCUGCCUUUUCCAGGGUAAGACAGACCUUCACCGAGACACUUGUGCCUUUUGCUUCUCUGCUCUGCCAUGCUCAAGCCAAGCGGCCCAGGGUGCCGUCUCAGCAGGACUGGGAGCGACGCAGCCCUCCUACCACUGACUCGGCUGUACCAGGCAGGUGAGCAAAGGCUCAGGGCCUCACAGGGCUGCUGGUGAUUCACUCGACGUUGAAUCAAGUGGGUGUGUUGGUCUGAUCAUCCCCCAUGGGGCUCAGCAGGUUUGCAGGGCUGGAAAUGGGCUGUCUGGAGCCCCUGGGCAGGCUGCAUGCACUCCCUACUCCCCCCUGCCCGGGAGCCAGGGCUCAGGGGCGGCUUGGUUUGCACUAGACAGAACCAGGGUAACCAACACAACCCUCUGCAGGCUCCCCUGAAGCUGGGAAACAGCCCCAGAGCUGUAUGUUGCUCAUGGUGCAGUCAGGUAUUGCAACAGACUGUAAAUAAACCCAGCUAUUUACCAGUGUGCAUGAGGGCUUGCUUCUCCUGGGAGGAGCAGCAGGAGGGAUUUGCUUCCCCCAUUUGUUAAUACUGUACAGCUCGAGUAUGUAUAAACUUCUCACGCCGAUACGGAACACAGCAUGGCACCUGUUUGACACUGGGCUGAUGUAUGUUAAGAAAUGCUCUUGGUGUCAACACUAAACUGGAUCAAUAAAUCUCUCUAAGCUCC